AUGGACGUAGGAACUCACUCAGAAAGACUCUUCAAGUUCAAUUUGCCCUUCAAGUUGCCUUCAUCCACUGUUCUCAGAGCUGCUGGUGUCUAUCUUAGUGGCAUUUUGUACUCUGUGGGCUUUUGGUUCUUGGUCGAUGCCUCGAUAUAUAGCAAAACAGUCAAUGCCUCUAUAGUCCAUGUCACUUUUGUUGACUGGAUCCCAGGCAUCUGCUCGUCGUUGGGAAUGUUUGUAGUGAACUCCAUCGACAAAAACAGGCUUUUUAAUGAUUCCCUCAAUGGCAGUGGAGGUGGUGGUCUAUCCUCAUUUAAUGGCGGUCUUUCUUCUACGUCGUGGUACGCAAGACUAAUAUUGUUCUUUGGUUUCAGUUUGUUGGCUGGUGGUUUAGCUGGUUCUGUGGUUGUGCUCGUUUUGAAGUUCUUGAUGAAGGAUUUCAAUACCUAUCCAACGUUGGGGAUGGGUGUUGCUAAUGUCGUUUGUAACAGCUGCAUAAUGCUAAGUUGCAUUGUAUUAUGGAUCAGUCAAAACAUUGAAGAUGAAUAUUCCUACUCAUUGGUUUUAUAA